UUCUUUUGGCCUAUUGCUACCCAGCACGCAACUACUUUAUUAUUACUCAAAUAUGGGUAAAUUAACAGUCUGUUCUUGUUCGUUACUCUUCAAUCUUCCUGUAUAAAAGCCAACCAUUUCUCUAAGAUUUUUUAGUUGUAAGUUGUAACUUCCUAGCUAAUUUUAUUUCUAAAUUUGGAGUUCCUAGAAGAAACUAAUAGUUUGGCAAUGGAAGAUGAGUUUGCAAAGCUUAUCUGGAGAAUGAACCCUCCAAGGGUGGUGAUUGACAAUGAUGUUUGUGAGCAUGCCACUGUUAUACAGGUUGAUGGCGUCAAUAGGCACGGUCUUUUGCUUGAAGUUCUCCAAGUUCUUAAAGACCUAAACCUUCUUAUAACAAAAGCAUAUGUAUCUUCUGACGGAGGAUAUUUAAUGGAUGUUUUUUAUGUUACCGACACUGAUGGGAAAAAGAUCAGAGAGAAAGGAACCGUCAAUUAUCUACAAUCAACUCUUGAAACCAAUGCAAGUUUCUUAAAUUCAAUGAGAAGCUCAGUUGGUGUAAUCCCCUCUGAACAACACACCUCAAUAGAACUAACUGGCGCCGAUAGGCCUGGAUUACUGUCGGAAGUGUCUGCAGUCCUAACAGACCUCAGCUGCAAUGUGGUAAAUGCCGUCAUUUGGACGCACAAUGCCAGAGCUGCUGCGGUUCUCCAUGUCACAGACCAAUCAUCCGGCUGUGCAAUUGAAGACCCUGAAAGGCUGUCAAAAAUCAAGCAACUCCUCUGUAAUAUCUUGCGAGACAGUACAGAUUUCAGGACCCCACGAAUGUCCAUUUCUUCAAAUGGGGUAAUGUACAGAGAAAGAAGAUUACACCAAAUGUUGUUCGCAGAUAGGGAUUUUGAGAGGCCUGAAAGUCCCAAGUGCGAAACUUCAAGGCCUCAUGUAACACUGAUGGAUUGCAGUGAUCGAGACUAUACAGCAGUGACUAUAAGGUCCCCAGACCGGCCUAAGUUAAUGUUUGACAUUCUAUGCAGUUUAACAGAUAUGCAAUAUGUGGUUUAUCAUGGCACAGUUAUCACCGGAACAACAGAAGCUUAUCAAGAAUACUACAUCAAACAUGUGGAUGGAUUCCCUAUAAGUUCAGAAGCUGAGAGACAACGAGUUAUGGCUUGUCUUGAAGCAGCUAUUGAGAGGCGAGCCUCAGAGGGCCUAGAGCUUGAAGUGUGUACAGAUGAUCGGUUUGGUCUUCUUUCAGAUAUUACGAGGAUACUUCGUGAGAAUGGUUUGAACAUUAGAAGAGCAGAAAUAUGGACAAACGGAGGUAAAGCCAAAGGUAGUUUCUUUGUGACGGAUGUGUCUGGGAAUCCUGUCGACCCCAAAAUUAUUGAUUUGAUUCAAGAUCAGAUAGGACAAACUGUGCUUCGGGUUAAAGGGAAGUCAGAUAUGUCUGCGAAACUUCCUCAGGAGGCAGCAACAAGUUUCUUCUUUGGAAACUUUUUCAGGAGACGAAGCUUCCACAAUUUUAAACUAAUCAAAUCUUGCUCAUAGAUGUUGCUCUGCUCAUACCUCAGUGGAAUUUAUUCAAGAUGCAGCCAAGUGUUUGUGCUUCCUUCAAGAAAACAAUACUAAGGACCAAAUUAUAGUGAAAAUUGGUUGUUGGCGUCCAGUCUUUUUCCUUUGUUCUUUUGUGCAUUCUCUAUAGUGUGAAAUUUAACAGAUUGUACAAAUGAGAGAAAAAGAAUAAGAAAUUGGAUUGUACAGGAACCCUUUUUAGCAUAAAUCGAAUGCAAAUCAUCUACGUUCACAAGA